AUGGAGUUUCCCACUCCGAUUGCGGCGAGUCGCGCGAGCACGGCUGCGUCGAGCGUGCGGGACAUCCCCUGCACGAAAGUGCCGAAGGUGGACUUCUGCUGCGAAAUCAGCUGCAAGAUUUCCGCAAAAGAGCAUUUUUCGAAAAUAAUUGACGCAGCAAACUGCUGGCUGGGCUCAUCGGGGCUGACGGUGGCCCUGGGGGGCCACGAUCCGCAGCGCGUGGGCGUUCCGCUGCUGGCCCGCUGCUGCAGGUCCAUUCGAAUAGAGCCCCUGAAGCCGCGGUGCAGCCCGCUGCUGCUGCCUGCUGCUUCGGGCGGGGGCGGCGGGCCGUUUUCCGCGGCCUUCGCCAGCAGCAGCAGCAGCAGCAGCAGCAGCUCGACGGAAGCGGCGCCGCUGCUGUUUCCGUACUGCCAGGCGCGCUUCGCCGUGCUGCCCUACCUGCUGCACGAGGGGCCCCUCCAGGGGGGCCCCCUGGACUUGGGAAGUGAAGAAGAAAGUGGAAAAGUGUUUCAGCAGUGGCUGCUGCCAAAUGAGGACUUUGAGGGUCUUUGGGCCAACUUGCACUUCUCCCAAAACACCAAAGACACUCUUCUUGACUACGCCUCCACAGCGCUGCUUUUCGCGGACAAAAGCGUCGACUCAAAACUCAUCACCUGGAACCGAGUCCUGCUGCUGCACGGGCCCCCUGGAAGCGGAAAAACUUCUUUGUGCAAAGCCCUGGGGCAGCGCCUGGCAAUUCGUCUCAGCCGCAACUUCGGAAGUUUUCUUUUUGUGUCUUUGAAUUCUUCUUUUCUGUUUUCUCGCUGGUUUGGAGAGUCGGGGAAGGUGGUGGUUCGCGUGUUCGAGUUGCUGCUGCAGCGCAUGCAGCAGCAAAGUUCCUUUUUGUUCGUUUUGAUCGACGAAGUCGAGUCUCUUGCUGCUGCUCGCGCUGCAGCAGCAAAGACACCCGAGCCCUCCGACGCCGCCCGCGCCGUAAAUGCCCUUCUCACUCAAAUGGACCUUUUCAGCCGAAGUCCAAACGGGCUGAUUCUCACGACUUCGAACUUGGCAGAAAGCUGCGAUCCGGCCUUCCUGGAUCGCGCGGAUCUCAAGCUGCACAUUCCUUGCCCGAAUUCAAAUUGCAGAUUUGCAAUUCUGGAAAGCUGCAUUGAAGAGUUGAUCCGCACGAAACUCGUCGAGCCGGGAUCCCACACGAGAUUCUCCUUUCCCCCGGGCCCAGAAGCCAGCGAGUGA